GGAGAAGGCAGGAACGGGGUACUGAUUGGGGAUGAUCAGCUGUGAUCACAUUGAAUGGCAGUGCUGGCUGGAAGGGCUAAAUGGCCUACUCCUGCACCUAUUGUCUAUUGAGUAACAGCGGGUCAGGCAGCAUAUCUGGAGAUCAUAGAUAGGUGACGUCUCAGUACGGGGCCCUGCUAUAGACUGUGAGAGAGGUUAUUACAGAACUUCUGUCGGAGAGAGGAGGAUAACUUCUUCAAAGAAGGCAUACCUUGAGGAAUUUCACAGCGGAGCAGUCAAAUGUAGACACUGGUUUAUACCACUCAACGGGUCAGGCAGCACCUCUGUAGAUCAUGGAUAGGUGACGUUUAGGGUCAGGGCCCUUCGUCAGCCUGGGUUAGUUUGUGCCUCAACGUGCACAUUAAUAGAGAGAAAUAAAAUGCAGGAAGGGAAAUAAAUAGAAGUGGAGACGGGGAACUGCAGGCGCUGGAGUCUUAAGCAAAACACAAAGUAACGGGGAACUCGGCGGUUAAGGCAGCAUUCGUGGAGGUUUGGUGUUGGGGAACUUGGGACGUGUGUGAGGUCCCCAGCCCACCGUAUCAGCGGACAGUGGGAGUGGUCGCACACAUCCCUAACGCUUCAUUGAAGGGAGGCAGCUACAAUGCAAACGUGCGGCCGCUCUCCCAUCGCCCACGGGCUGCGAGAGGGAGCCCGACCCGCUCAGACUCUGUUAAAUAAUUCUGGCAACGUGAAUCCAUCUUCUGACCAAUCUGGGCCGGACAGUACCAGUUGUAAAAGAUAAGAAAGAAAAUGCUGGAGCUACUCAUCGGGUCGGUCCGUAUCUGUGUGGGGGAUAAUUUACCGAUUCACAUUGAAGGCUUCCAGCCGAAACCCUGACUCUGAGACACAGGGAACUGGAUGGGCUGGUUAAAACAAAGACGCAAAGUGCUGGAGUAAUUCAUCGAGUCAGGCAGCAUCUCUGGAGAACAUGGACCGUUAUUCUCUUCUCACGAAUCAGGCCUGUCCGGCUGAAUAUUUAUAUGUUCUGUUUUAGAUGUCCAUCAUCGGCUUGGAUUUAGUUUACCGUCUACAUAUUCACUUCCAUUUCAUGCAUUAAAACACACAAAGUGCUGGAGGAACUCGGCGGGUCCGGCAGCAUCUGAAUGGACAGGCGACGAUUCAGACCGAAGAAUGGUCCAGAUCCGAAACACCGUCUGUCCAUUCCCCCCGCAGAUGUACCUGGCUCGCUGAGUUCCUCCAGCACUUUGUGUUGGACAAUAGACAAUAGGUGCAGGAGUGGGCCGUUUGGCCCUUCGAGCUAGCACCGCCAUUCACUAUGAUCAUGGCUGAACAUCCACAGUCAGUACCCCGUUCCUGCCUUCUCCUCAUAUCCAUGGACUCCGCUAUCUUUAAGAGUUCUAUAACUCUCUCUUGAAAGCAUCCAGAGAAUUGGCCUCCACUGCCUUCUGAGGCAGAGAAUUCCGCAGAUUCACAACUCUCUGGGAGAAAUGUUUUUCCUCAUCUCCAUUCUAAAUAGCUUACUCCUUAUUCUUAAAAAUUCCAGCAUCUCCAAUUCCUUGUCUCCACUUCCAUUUCAUUCGCUUCCUGUAUUUUUCUCUCUUAUUGUGCAUUUUGAGAGACAGACUGAAGAGAUGUAGUCUGUAGAUGUAACCCGACCCGAAACAUCACACAUCAUCCAUGAAGAGUUACUCCAGCACUUUGUGUCUCGUCAACUAUCUAUGUUCUCCACAGAUGCCGCCUGACCCUCUGAGUUACUCCAGUACUUGUGCCUUUCUUUGGUAUAAACCAGCGUUUGCAGCUCCUCUUUAUUCCGCUAAUAAUCCAUUGAAUAACUUGGUUGCUCCUUAAGCAGGUGCACGGCGUGCCGUGUUAUCAUAGUUGCUCCAUGCAUGACUGAGAGCGACAGGAAGAUUCACAGCGUGUUAUUUUCCUACUUUACGCAGCGAAGCCUGACAUCUCCCUGACCCUGGAUCCCGGGGUAAAAGGCGCAGAGACGCGGAGCCUGAUUUGUGUGGCCGCCGGAUUCUUCCCGAGGGAGCUGAACAUGUCCUGGGCUGUCGUGGGCCAGUUGUCCUAUGAAACAGAAGCGGGUCCGCUGAGGGAGAAUGAGGAUGGAAGCUUCAACGUGAGCUCCCGGCUGCGGCUCACCGGCCCUCGGCUAGAGGCGGGCAUGGUCGUCACCUGCCUGGUUCAGCACCUCACCGGGACGGGCUCGGUGAGCGAACGUUUCCCUCCCAUCCCAAGAUCCUCCGAGUAUUAUUUCAUUCUACUGAGUCUGAUCCUAAUAGUACCAAUAUGCGUCUGGAUUGUGUAUAAUUACCACAGUAAAUUGAAGAAAGGAAAAGAAUCAUCUGUCCAUGACGCAACUGUUGAUAUUCAAAGCAUGAGAAAACAAAAAAACUCAGUAAAUGAGGAUAAUGUUUCAAUAAACAAUGAAAAUCUGCAUUAUGCGCCUGUUUAUUUCAACAAGGGACAGCGAAGACAGGAAUUGAGAUGGACCGAGCAAUCCCAAGAAACAGAAUAUGCCGUCUUAAAGGUCAAAGAUAAAAAUAAUUUAUGAAGAGCCCAUAACCCAGAGUAAUAAAUUGUCCCUCUUCAACGAGACCACAAACUGAUAAUUAUCAUAAAACCACACACUCUUCUCGCAAACAAUAUACGUAGAAUAUAAGAAACAGAAACUAGAGGCUGUAGCACAGCUUCUGAAACUUAAUUCUCUAUUCAAUUACUUUCCUUAAGCUCGAUCUGACUCGGCCUUGAUCGCCUUCUCAGAGUUCCAAAUGUUUAGCUUUAUUAUUGCCGUGUGUAGUGAGGUACAGUGAAAAGCUUUGUUUUGCAUGCUAUCCAAUCAAAUCAGAUACUAUUAUACAUACAUCUGUAAAUAUAAUGAAGUCAAAUACAAGAGGUAGAGCAAAGGGGAAGAUACAGAGUGCAGAAUAUAGUUCUCAGCAUUGUAGCGCAUCAGUCCAAUGUCCGCAAUGGGGUAGAGGUGAAUUGGACAGUACCCUAGCUUAUGAAAGGACCGUUCGGAAGCCUGAUAACGGAGGGGAAGAAGCUGUUCCUGAAUCUGUUGGUGUGCAUUUUCAAGCUUCUGUACCUUCUGCCUGGGGAGCAGGGAGAAAAAGGAAUGCUGGGGUGGGGCAAGUCUUUGAUUAUGUUGGCUGCCAAACCAAUGAGCCCCACAUCUCUACUUUCAGAAGAAGGGUUCCGACCCAAAACAUCACCUUUUUGUUGUUCCAGAGACCCGCUGAGUUACCCCAGCACUUUGUAUCUAUCUAGAGCAGGGUCACACUGAAGAUGGGUCUUGCCCUAAAACAUCACCCAUCCAUGUCCUCCAGAGAUGUUGCUUUGAUAAUAUCAGGCAUUUUGUGUGCCUGACAAAAUGGAGGAUUUCUGCUUCUGUAAAAACUGCUCGUCUUCUUUUGCAAAGUCUGUAAAGACUAUGAGGAUUAUGGCUCCAGAGAGUCUGUUGCCUGGAAAGGGGUUGAAUAGAGGUUGAUGUCCAGAUGGCCUUUAAUUGGUAAUACGUAUGAGAUUUUGCAGAAGGAGCUAGGUCCUGUUGCAAAUGCAUGCUUGGGAUUGGUUGGGGAAAUAAUGGGUUACAAGAAUGUUGCAGAGUCUUCCCGCCGCUAAUUAUGAUUGGUCCAGGAGAGGGGCCUUACCCAAGAUGUUUACUUUACCUGGGAGAAUGUUUCUUUACCUAACAGAAUUGUUUUCCAGUAAGUGUUUUGUAUUGAAAUUAUGUUCAAGAAGGAACUGCAGAUGCUGGAAAAUCGAAGGUAGUCAAAAUUGCUGGAGAAACUCAGCGGGUGCGGCAGCAUCUAUGGAGCGAAGGAAAUAGGCAA